AAACUAAAGUGGUAAGAAAGCAGUCACAAUGUAUUUGUAAGUGUUUAAAAACAAGGCAUAAAUAAUGGUACGUUUUACAACUGAUGUUGGGAAAAGAGAUAAUUGUGAGGAGAGGGAAGAAAAUUCUUAAGUAUUAGGAAGAAAAAAAUCGACUUGACUUGGUGAAUUCUUGUGGGAAAGGUAAGGAAAUGGGAGGAAAUCGAGGAUGGCUUCCAGAUUUAGGGACAGAGGAGCCGGUCUGGAGAAUUCAAUUUACAAUGGGUCAUACUGAAAGAGGCGGAUGGACGAAGCCUUCGUACUAGCUUUGGCCACUGGGACGGAGGCCCACGCCCGGACCUGGGGGCUUGGCGACCGCUCGCUCUUGCGGAUUCCCCGUCCUCACGCGUGUAGGCCUGGGGCGGGAGGUGGGUGGAGUCCGCGCAGCGACCUGACACCGUCCGCCAGCACUUCAGCAGGCGGAACACUGUCCAGGUCAGCCCGCCGCUAUCUGCGGGAGCCGCGUGAUUGGCUGGAGCCGCCAGCGGUGGGCGGGCCCGAGUGCAGGGUCUGUCCAGUAAUUGGCUAGGAAGUAUUAAAAAGGCCUAACUCUAUUGUCGAGGCCGCCCCCGAGGGGCUGGUCCGUUAUCACCCUGCCCCGCCCCUGAGCAGGCCAGGUAAGCAAACUACAGUGGCAUUGGUCAGUUGAAGGGCCCUCACCGCAACCGCUCCUUUCCGAAGUCGGAAUGAGAGAACUGUGAUUGGCACAACUGCAGGGGCGCGGCGCACCAGGCCGGCUGGACUUGGAUGUCCGCCCAUUCCGGGUGUGGAUUGGACGGCGAGGUCGCUAACGUAACCCAGGAGGCGUGGCCAGCACUAAUAAAGCCUAGGGCCGGCGCGGCAGCUGCAGUAAGUCCCACCGCAGCUAGAUCUCCGGGUGGUUUGCGAGAGGCGGAGCUCAGCAGUUCCCUCCGCUUCACCUGCAGCGACUUCCCACCGGGUGUCUCGCCGCAGCAGCCAGAGAGGGGACCGACGCCCACUCCCUCUGUCAGAAAAAUGUCUGCUCCAGCUCAGCCACCAGCUGAAGGGACGGAAGGGGCUGCCCCCGGUGGGGGUCCUCCUGGCCCUCCUCCCAACAUGACCAGCAACAGACGACUACAGCAAACCCAGGCGCAAGUAGAGGAGGUGGUGGACAUCAUGCGUGUGAAUGUGGACAAGGUCCUGGAGAGGGAUCAGAAGCUGUCAGAGCUGGAUGACCGAGCUGACGCCUUGCAGGCGGGAGCAUCACAAUUUGAGAGCAGUGCUGCCAAGCUAAAGAGGAAGUAUUGGUGGAAAAACUGCAAGAUGAUGAUCAUGCUGGGAGCUAUCUGUGCCAUCAUCGUGGUAGUUAUUGUAAUCUACUUUUUUACUUAGGAAUGUGCCAUCCCUUCCCUGUUCUCCAUUGCCAUCUGAGCUCAUGUCCUUCUCCUUGUUUGCUCUCUCAACAAACUUCCCAUCUGCCUUCCUCCACCCCAGCCUGGGCUUCCCCAUCAUUCAUUACUCCUUUUUGGUUGCAUUCAUUGCACUCUGUCCCUCAACACUAGAAAUGCUGCUCAUGGCGCAAUCUUGAAGUCACUACCUGAAGAGCAACAGCUGACGCCUCUUCCCUACCCUCUUCUUAUGACCUUUUAUGUUCCUCCAAAGCCAGAAAGAAUCAGUGGCCAAAGGCAGAGGCAGGGGAAAGGCUGAGAUAAAGAGCCCAAGAUGCUGGCAAGGCAGGUGGCAGGAGAAGGGUAUUGGUGCCUAUGGCAUCUCCUAGAAUGGCUGGCUGCUGGCAGGAGGGGAUUAUGUGUGGAUGGGAAAGUGUGACUUGCCCUGUGCCGCCCUCAUUGGACCCUCCCGAGGGCCCCGGGGUCAGCAGGUCCUGAUGCAGUACCCGUUUAGAAAGUCAAGCCUGUUUUUUGCAGUUAUUGCUAAUCUGUUGGUUUAAGAUUUUCUGUUUCUUCAGGGAUCUUCCAGCUAUUUGCUUUGUUCCCUCUAGGUCUGGAAAACAAGUCUUUACUGAUUGUAAAAAUACCAGGAGACUGUUUUAGAAACGGUCUUUUGCUUCUACUAGAAGGAGCUGUCUUUUCAUGUUUUCUGCAGCAUCCUGUGUUGUUCAUGAGAAAUCCAACAAUUUCAUUGGCCAGAGUUUGGGACUCUUAGUCAGUUUUAAUUCUGGGCAUACAGAGAGGAUGCCUGUUAUAGAGAAACAGUGAGUUGAGGGCCUAAUUUGAAAAUAACAAGCUUGCAGGAAGCAACUUUUUGCCCUCUUGCAAAGCAAGGUCCAGUUCCUCCCUUCCUGUUGAUAAAGGAAUGUGAGAGUGUUAGAGGUGAGCUCCUUAGACUCCCAUCAGACCCUUCUGUGCCAACCCAGGUACUUGCUUAAGAUAGGGAUGAAGCAAGAGGUCCUUCCCCAGGCCUGGCUGAUCCAGAGGGCUUAGGGGAGGGGAGUCCAGCAGACGCAGCAGCUCAGUCUCAGGGUAUGAGCAGUUCAUUCAGAGCUGGGCGUAUGUCACAGGCCCUUUGCACCAGAGCUGCCUGACCAUUCUUCCCGAAGUGCAUUCCCCUUCUGAAGCACCCUCACCCCUCUGAAUUGUGCUGCCUCCUUUCUGUUCCUUCUCUUUGCAUGUUUUGUUCACACAGACCAUACAACCUGAGCAACCAGAGGAUAGGAGUAGCUCAGCCUAUCCUGGGGGCUUUGCUUUUUUUGGUGGUACAGGAGAUUGAACUCAGGGCCUUCACAGUGAGGACAUUUUCAGCCCUUUUUGUAAUUU